AUGGACUCUAAAUGGACAGCAGAACGAGAUGCCGAAGCUGUAAAAAUUUUAACUGAUGACGCUUCUAUAAAUAAAGAUMGGCGAUAUUAUCAUGUCCGUGAGAAGUUUGAUUUAAUCGAGGUAGCUGGCGUUAGACGAGUGCGGCGAAAGCGCGAUCAACGUAUUAUGGCAGUARUCGAAAGUUUUCCUAGUAUUAUCCGUGACAUGCAUGUGGCCAGUGGACAUAAAGGYGAGACAAAAACACACAAGAAGAUAAUGGAGCACUACUCUAAUAUUACAAUGGCUGCUGUAAAAGCUUACAUUGCUAAUUGUGAAAGGUGUGCGGAAAAAUCAAMAAAAAAAAGUAUGCGAGGCGUUGUUGUGCGGCCUAUUUUAUCUUCGUCUUUAAACGAACGUGGGCAAGUGGACCUUGUUGACUUUCAAAGUUUACCUGACGGAGAUUUUAAAUUUAUUCUUCAUUACAAAGAACACUUAACAAAGUUUUCAUUUUUCCGGCCCCUGAAGKGCAAAAAGGCUUCGGAAGUAGCGAAAGAACUGCUACACAUAUUUUUGACGUUUKGUGCACCUCAUGUUCUGCAGUCCGAUAAUGGUCGCGAAUUUACUGCUGGUAUUAUAACAGAAUUAGCGUCAUUAUGGCCCGAUCUAAUAUUAAUAAACGGUCGGCCACGUUAUCCACAARGCCAAGGAUCUGUAGAGAGAGGGAAUUGUACGCUUAAGGAUUCACUGGUGGCGUGGAUGCGAGACAACAAAACUGCCGCGUGGAGUUACGGCCUCGACUUUGUACAAUGGGGCGUUAAUACCACAUACCACGAAGCUAUAAAGAUGACUCCAUAUGAAGCAGUUUUUGGUCAAAAAGCACGAAUGGGGCUGGCAACAAAAGUACCUCGAGAAUUAUUAGAAAAUAUAWUGACAGGAACUUUGGAAGAAGAUAUGUUGGACAUGUUGAACGAUGAUGACGUAGAAGUACUCAAUACUGAAACAAAUGAUUUAGAGGUUACACAUGAUACAGCUGAACUACUAGAAACCAAUACUACGUGCUCAUAUUACACCCGAAAAUGAAGUACAGCAGAAGCUUGAUAAUUUGAUAAAGACCACACGAAACAUUUUGGAGAUUGAAAGUGACACUGACGAAAACACUGAAGAGGUAGUUUCCGAUCAUCCUGCUACAACACGACGCAACAUUGCUGCACAAAAUUUAAAAUCUCAAGCAUAAUAAACA